AUGGUAAACAUACUACAAAAACUUGGCCUUCGGAAAAAGAAAUUAAACCUUAUUGUUUGCGGAUUAGAAAAUUCGGGGAAGAGUUCGAUUAUUAGUCAUCUCAAACCCUCAUCGGAAAAGAAAGAGAAUGUUCUCCCAACAGCAGGUUACAAGCUUGAAGAAUUCUCAAGAAAUGGAUAUCUAUGCCGUGUUUUCGAUUUGAGUGGAGCUGGAAAAUAUAGACCCAUGUGGAAAUACUUCUUUGAAAAUCUAGAAGGAAUUAUAUUUGUUGUGGAUGUAAGUGACACCAAGAGAUUGUGUGUAGCGAGAGAUGAAUUAUUGGAUCUAGUCUCCAACAAAGAGCUCGCAGGUGUUCCAGUCUUGGUGUGUGCCAACAAAAUCGAUGUCGACAAAAAGAAGGUUUCGCUUGCACAAAUUCACAAUAUUUUGAGCUUGGAUGGCAGUAACAGAGAAUGGAAAAUUGAAGGAACAAGUGCCAAAGAAGGAACAGGUAUCGAAGAAGCAUUUUCUUGGCUGGUGAAUAGUGCUGCAACUUUUGUGAGCAAGAAGAAGGAAGCUCAAAAGCAAAUCCUCAUUUCUAGUGUGAGCCAAACAGUCACCCAUCAUCAUGGUGUUUAA